AUGAGUAAUAAAAAACCUCCUAUACCACAGUGUCCUACAUUACCAGUAGAAGAAGAAAUCGAAGAAGAUUUAAAAACAAUAGACGAAACAGAAGCUCCACUGUUGACAGAUGAUGCUAAAGUUUUAUUAGAAUCUAUCGGGACUGAAGUAAUUAAAAAUGAUACACAAGAAACAGCUCAAAAGCUCGUUGAUAACGUGGAUGAAUUAGAACAAACAAUUAGUACAUUGGAUAAGAAGCAUAAUGCAUUGAUGACUUGUGAGAAAGAAUUGGAAGAAAUUGAAGAAGAAAUAGAUAAACAGAUUAAAGAAAUGAAUAACUACAUAUCUGAAAUUCAAUCAAAUGCUACUCCUGCAGUAAAGUAA